CAGAGACAGAGGUGAACUGUGUGACUCGCUCCUCAUGGCCACGCUUGUACUCCACCUAUAACAACACAGCUUUUAUAGAAAUAUCUACAUUUUGGUCCAUGAAUUAUUCUUCCUUAGUCAAUAUUUAGCACACUUACAUCACUGAUUAUCUUCUGGGCCUGGGACGUACAAACGAUCUCCUGACUGGUAACGCUCCCCGAGUACCAUACCUGCUGGUCUGUAAACCCCUAAAGAAGAUUUAGGAACAGAAAUAUAUUUACAAUCACAGACUGCACACUUUGCAGAGUGUAUUGAGAGACUGUCCUCAUGGACACUGAUAGACAGGAGCAGCUGGCUAUCCUGAGACGAGACAUAGAACAGAGAGGAAGCAUACGAGAAAAUGCUAUAUAAUGGCAGACGUUACAUGUCUUAAAAACCAUGCUCAGGAAAGACUUCAGAGAAAACUCAAAAGAUCACUGACAUAUUUGAAUUCAACUCCCAAGAAUCAGCUUGGGGACAUGGAGUGUGAGUGCCAUGGUUAAUUAGGAUACCUCCCACCUCUACAGACUUCUAGAUUUUUUGGGGUGCAUAAUGGAUGAAAAUAAUUUACAUGCUAACAAUGAAGAUUAUGAAGAAGAUGGCGAAGUUGGCGAGGGGGAUGUGCCAGAUGCAAAACCUGAUCGUAAAGGAAGAUUUCUUCUAUUUGGAAGUAAGAAGAACAAGGAUGAAACGUCGCAGAAAAAGGACCAUUCCUCUGAACGCCAGUACAGGGCCAUUUCACCAACAUUCCAGUAUAAGAUGAACUACCAGCGGGUGGGCAAGUGUAUCAUCAUCAACAAUAAAAACUUUGAUAUAAGGACAGGAAUGAAUGUACGCAAUGGCACAGACCGGGAUGCAGGAGCGCUGAUUAAAUGCUUUAGGGAUCUGGGCUUUGAGGUCGUCCUCAAAAAUGACCAAACCUGUGAAAGAAUUAUACAUAUACUUAAAGAAGCUUCGGAGGAGGAUCACAGCAACAGUGCUUGUUUUGCCUGCAUUCUUUUAAGCCAUGGGGAGGAAGGCAUGAUUUAUGGAACUGAUGGGGUCAUGCCUAUCAAGAACCUGACCUCUCUGUUUAGAGGAGACGUUUGCAAGAGCCUUGUGGGCAAACCCAAGCUAUUUUUCAUCCAGGCUUGUCGAGGUUCAGAGUUUGAUGACGGCAUACAGACUGACUCAGGAUCACCUAAUGACACUCUGGAGACAGAUGCAAGCCCCAGUCACAAGAUUCCAGUGGAGGCAGACUUUUUGUUUGCAUACUCCACUGUUCCAGCAGUAACACUAUCACACAUCCUGACAGUAACAUUAUCUUGUUACAAUAAACAACACAGCCAUGUUGCUAAAAGUGGGAGGGGACACAUGCAAGUUCACUUGCAGGUUACUACUCUUGGAGGAAUCCAGGCCAGGGCUCUUGGUUCGUCCAGGCCCUCUGUAGUGUCCUCAAUGAGUCUGGCAAGCACCUGGAAAUCAUGCAGAUCCUCACUCGGGUCAACUAUAAAGUGGCCAACCACUUUGAGUCCUGGUCUGAAGACCCUCGCUUAAGUGAGAAGAAGCAGAUUCCCUGUGUUGUUUCGAUGUUGACCAAAGAACUCUACUUCAACUGAUGACUACACUUAACCUCAGACUGUUUUUACAGCCUUUUCAUUACUUUUUACACUGAUUUAUUUGUUACUCAUUACAUCAGCACCUACAGCACAUACAUACAGUUCAUACGUUUGACCAAAAAACAUCAGAGGGAAAUGUCUUCUGCUGUCUAUUAUUGUAAAAUAUAUUUUAAGAUUUUUGUUUUAAAGAUUUUUAACGGUGCACAUUUUCACAAGGGUGACAGUAAAAACAGCUGGAGUUUCAUUCUAACUGACUGACUGACGGACAGAACGAAAUCAAAUAGACCAAUUGGUCUCAAUAUUCAGGGAUAAACCAGACCAGCUGGAAACUCUAAGUGUUAUAUAUGUGUGAAAACAGUUUCUCUUCUACUUUGUCUCUUCACUUAGUAGGUUCUUCCAAAGACUGCUUUUAAAACAUGCUAUAGACUGUUCAACUAUAUAAGUUUUUUUUUUUUUUUAUUCUAUUACUGCAUUUUCCACUUUUCUUUCCAAUACAGUCAUAUCCAAUCUCUUAUUGUAGCAUCACACACCCUUUGCAACAUGCAUGCAGUCGUUGACUGUUUCUUUUCCCCUUCCAAAGACACUGCUAUCUGUGAUAUCAACCAUCACUCAUGCAGGUGCCUGGACUCAUUAGACCAUCUCUUCCUCUAAACACAGCCAAUCGUGUUGCAUGGGUCAAUGGUACAGCUGAACUUCAAACUUUAGAGCUUGAGAUUGUAGCUGUGCCACCCGGGUGCUUCACAGUUCUAAGUCUUUGGUGACAACCUCCUUUUUAUUACAUAUGUACUGCCAAAGACUAAGAUUUAUAUGCCAAAAUGUACCGAUUCUCAGCAUGAGUUAUAAGAGCAGUAGCUAUCUUAUGCCAAAUAAAUGGCUUUAAACUCUACAGUAUAUCCCCUGCAUUAAUAGCACUUCAUCCUAGUGUGAGUGGAAAAUAUUUGCCUUGUGUAGUUCUUUUGAACGGAAGCAAAUAGUAUCUUCAGGACCUCUCUAUGUAACUCCUAUCUUAAGUUGCCAAUUGACCUACGGACCUCGUUAAUCUAGGAGUAAAGAAUAUAGGAUUUUGCAUUGGUUUACAUAGACAAGACCUCCUACAUUAACAGCAAGAGAAAGGAGAAUUAAAAUGAGAUAAAGUUGCCAAUAAACUAUUUUUAAAUCUA